GGUACUAAUUAAUGCACAUUUCACCACAUUCCCAAAAGACCUAUAAACUAUAAACUAAAACCUAUAACUUGACUAUAAACUGAAUCCACUCUCACUCCACUCAAAUAUAAGACCAUCAAUUCCUCCACACACAACCCAAUCUCGCCUUCCAACAACAAAUUUUGCAUAUCGUCUGUCACCGAGAACAUGCGCUUCUUGGAGCUCUUCCAAGCAUCCAUUAAGCCUCCCUGGCCCCGGCGUCUUCUUAAUUCUUGAUCCCAUCUCAUCAUCCACGUUCAUUUGGAUAUUAGGCGGAGAGAGAGAGAGAGAGAUAACAAAAUUCGAAAAGUUUAGUCGUUCUACUGCCGGAUACAGACAUUUAUUAGUUCACAGACGAUAAAUCCAGAACGAUGUCUCCUUUACCUACAGAUGGAUCCGACUCGACGGCUUUCGUAAAUUCGAAUCAUGGCUCAGAUGAGCAUACUGACCACGAACUACCACCACCACCAAACCCUUCAUCCGAUGCAGGUCUUACGGUCAACCAUAAUGCAAACGAUCGCGGAGUUUCACCACCAUCUCCAAGUAGCAUCGAUGUAUUUACUCUUUCGCCGAUAACGGCACUUAAAUUGUUAUGUGCUGGUAUCGAAGCUCUAGUUCAAUUUACAGGAGAUAUUCCUCCCACGCCAGAAUCGACCGAAACGACCAUGCCCAAUAUGAGGGGAAUGCAGGCAGAGAAGGAAAAUAUACGACGGUCUGGAUCAUGGACAAACCUAGCAGAUUUUCGACAACGAGCAGGAUCAGAUGCUAUAGAUGGAGUAAACCUCCGUCCGAAACCUCUGGAAAUCAAGCACAUUGUGCCUGCAGAACCAUAUAUCAUCGUGGGGGAGAAUGCUGAGCCUUUGAAUGUUCAACACAGUGCUAUCACACGAAAGUUCUAUUCGAAGAAACCUCCUCCGAUUUCUUUGGAAGACUAUCUGAUGCGAAUACACAGAUUUUGUCCAAUGUCAACAGCUGUCUAUCUUGCAACAAGUUCCUACAUACACAGGGUGGCAGUCGAUGAACGAGUCAUACCUGUAACAAGGCGAAACUCGCAUCGACUCAUAUUAGCUGGGUUACGCGUGGCUAUGAAAGCACUCGAAGACCAAAGCUAUGCUCAUGCACGCUUCUCAAAAGUCGGAGGAGUUAGUGAACAAGAGCUUUCGAGAUUGGAAAUCAAUUUUUGCUUCCUCACAAACUUCGAAUUUAAGACGAGUAAAGAAGCUCUUUUACAGCACGCGAUAAGUCUAAAGGAAUUAUCGUCUUUGCAGGGAGGGGUGAAUUUCGUUCCAAAAAUGUCGCUCUUGAAUAAAGGUAGACCGAAUAUGGCUGCUCAAGAAACAGUGUUGGAAGUAACGGCCGACGCGUAGACGUACGUUGGGCAUAGCCCAGAUAUGCUGUAGGCGACAUUGGAAGUAAGAAAGUGGCCGGGUCAAGACGUACACGGCUCCUAAAUAUGAGAGAUGAGCAAGUCAUGGCAUGGAACAGGUCACGGACAGAGGAACUGAAGCAGAUUGCAUGAACGAUUUGGCCUCGUCACUUUAGAGAACACGGUUGAGAUAGUCAGGCGCUACAACAUGGAUAUGAGAGGUGCCAUUGGAAGCGUUUGACAAUGGAUGCGGCUUGGAUCACGAUCGUUGGAUGGUAUACAUUGUUCCAAGUCGUGUGAAUGGGCAAUAGGAUUGUUCGAUAGUUUGAUAGUGUAGUUUCAUUUCUAGCAGCAGGUACACUGUCAAUGUGUUUGAAAUACUGAAAUUGGAUGGUUGGAGAUCCAGAAUUUAAUGAUAUCCGGAAUACAUACAAUAGUCUAAUUCGACUUUUACUUACA